AUGAUCUGGAAGUCCCGGCUACCUCUCAACUAUGAAAAAAAGAAAUCUUAUACUCUUAAUAUAGAAGGAGCAAAUACCCACCUCGAUUUCCGCUUCUCACACUUAGGACCUUUUAAAGAUGUAACUAUGUUGAAGAUUAGUGUUGGCGACGUGGAUGAGCCUCCAGUGUUCACUUUGCCUUCCUACGUCAUGGACGUUCACGAGAAUGCCAAGAUUGGGACCAUUGUGGGCACCGUGACCGCACAAGAUCCAGACAGUGCUAGCAAUGAAGUAAGAUAUCUGAUUGAUCACCAUACAGAAGAAGAUACAUAUUUCACCAUUGAAGCCGCCACUGGAACCCUUAAGACCGCCAAGGUUUUUGACAGGGAAGAAGUCUCUUGGUACAAUAUCACAGUCACCGCUUCUGAAAUUGACAGUCCCGGACUACUGAGCCAUGUCCCCAUUGGAAUUAAAAUUCUCGACGUCAAUGACAACCCUCCAGAGCUUGCCAGAGAUUAUGAUGUGGUUGUCUGUGAGAAUGCAAAGCCUGGGCAGACAAUUCAGACUAUCAGCGCCACUGACAGAGACGACUUUGCCAAUGGACAAAGGUUCCGUUUUUCUCUGGACAGCAGUCUUCCUUUAAAUCCCAACUUUACGCUGAAGGACAACGAAGAUAACACAGCCAGUAUCCUGACCCGAAGAAGGAAAUUUAGUCGGACGACCCAGGAUGUGUAUUACCUCCCUGUCAUGAUCUCUGAUGAGGGGAUCCCUUCUCUCAGCAGCAGCGCCACCCUUGUGAUCCGCGUGUGUGCAUGCGAAAGAGAUGGGCGUGUGCGGACCUGCACUGCCGAAGCCUUCCUCUCCUCCGCAGGGCUGAGUACGGGAGCCUUGAUUGCCAUCCUGUUGUGUGUCGUCAUCCUCCUGGCAAUUGUGGUCCUUUUCAUUACACUAAGACGCAGCAAAAAGGAGCCUCUGAUAAUUUCAGAAGAGGAUGUCCGGGAAAACGUUGUCACCUAUGACGAUGAGGGCGGAGGCGAGGAGGACACGGAAGCUUUUGACAUUACUGCUCUGCGGAACCCGUCGGCAGCUGAAGAACUGAAGUAUCGGAGGGAUGUUCGGCCUGAAGUGAAGCCCAUGCCCAAACAUCCCGCUUCAUCCAGCCUUGACACCAUAGAUGUUCAGGAAUUUAUUAAACAAAGACUGGCUGAAGCGGACCUUGACCCUAGCGUACCGCCAUAUGAUUCUCUACAGACAUACGCGUAUGAGGGUCAAAGGUCAGAAGCGGGAUCUGUCAGUUCUUUGGAUUCCGCUACCACACAUUCCGACCAGGAUUAUAAUUACCUUGGUGACUGGGGACCAGAGUUUAAGAAGCUAGCUGAAAUUUAUGGAGAAAUAGAAUCUGAAAGAACAACUUAA